UGUCAUUUUCUUUUUUCACGGCAUGCGAUACGAAAAUGUGUUGUUUACAAAAACAUAACCUUUUAUUAUGAUCUUCAAUUCAAGUGAAAGUAUUUCUUUUUAAAAAUGGUCAAACGCGAAUUAAAGAACUCCGUGUCGGAGGAAGAGACGGCGUUAGAUGUAGCGAAUGAGAACGGCAAGAGACCCAUCCAGUCCAGUAACAAAGAUGGUCCUAAACGUAUGAAAACUAAAAGUCUAUAUCGCCAACCUACCGCCGCUGAACUCAACCGACUUCAGGAAACAGAAAACUUGUUCAAUUCCAACCUUUUCCGUCUCCAAGUCGAAGAGGUACUGCAAGAAGUUAAAGUUAAAGAGAAAACGGUCAAAAGAUUUCAGGAAUGGUACAACAUCUUAAAAUCUCACCUGAUAUCUAUACCCGAAGAUGUGAAAGAGUAUGAUUUAACAGAAAAAGCUUUUGAGAAACAUUUAAAAGUGAAACUGCCAGUAACUAAUGAAAUUCGAAAGUCAAAAGUGAUAUUCCGAUUUCAUAAAUUCACGGAUGUUGAAAUUGUUGGUUCUUAUAUGUUAGGAUGUUCUAUUGACUCAAAAUUAGUUAUUGAUUUACAAAUCACAGUGCCAGCUGAGACAUACACUAAGAAUGACUCCGUAAAUUAUAAAUAUCACUUAAAAAGAGCUGCAUAUCUUGCAUACAUUGCCUCUCAUUUAAGAAAACUAGAAAGUAUAGAAGAAAUAAAAUAUACAUACCUGCAUAAUUGCUCUACCAAACCACUAAUUCAUGUAAAACCCAAUGGAAAACUGGGGAAUCAUUUAUCAGUACAUAUAAACCUAGUUUGUGACAGUGAUACAUACAAAUUGCACAGGUUUAGUCCUACUCGCAAUAAUUUAAGAGAAUCAUGGCUGCUCUCAGUGGAACAACAAGAAGGUGCAGAUGUGGGACCGCCAACACCUCACUAUAACAGCAGUGUACUAACAGAUCUUACAGCUGCAGAAAAUCAGACUUUUCUAAAUGAAACAUUAGUAAAUAAGGAGAAUUUGAAACAAGCAAUAAUCUUGCUAAAGAUUUGGGUGCGUCAGCGUAAACUUCAAGUGUCAGGUCAUGUCAUGAGCAUGCUCAUUGCUUACCUCGUUCAAAUGAAGAGGAUCAAUAACAUCAUGAGCAGUUACCAGAUUGUAAGAAACGUUUGGAUCUAUUUGAAAUCAUCAGAAUGGGACACAAAAGGCAUAUCACUACAUAAAGGUCAGGACACACCAUCCAUGGAAGAGUUCCAUACACAUUUUCCAAUAGUUUUCCUCGAUAGAAGUGGGUACUACAAUGUAUGCUGGCAGAUGUGCAAAGGCACUUAUUUCGCCCUGCGGAGAGAGAGUGGGUUGGCCGUGGACAUGUUGGAUAAUGGCAAGAUAAACAGCUUUAUACCACUCUUUAUGACCCCUGUAUCCAUUUUGAUGCAGUUUGAUCACAUUUUAAAGUUUAAAAAUUUCCCCAAACUAAAGCAAGCCAUACUAGACAGAGCUCCUAAGUCGAGUAAAGUGAACUAUGGGCUGGAUCAGUUAGCACUGGUCACCGACACAUUGUACGAUCUACUCAGCAAAGGUCUGGGGGAACGAGCACACUUGAUACUGCAGAUUGUGGAGGAAGAGUUCUCUUGGCCCGUCACCAAAACUGUGAAUAAUGCUAAGAAAAAUGGCUACGUGGAGAAUUUGUCGUUUGGCUUCAUCCUGGACGCGGUGAAUGCUAUCAGCGUGGUGGAUCGCGGCCCGCCGGCCAACCUCCCGGACGCGGAGCUGUUCAGAGCGUUCUGGGGCGACAAGUCGGAGCUGCGUCGGUUCCAAGAUGGCGCCAUCACGGAGGCGUGCGUGUGGGACGCGCGCGCGCUGGCCGAGCGCCGCGCCGUGCCGCGCCAGCUGGUGAACUACCUGCUCGCACUCAAGUACGAUAUACCGUCAACGGAGCUAUACCACAUAUGCAGCCAACUCGACGAGCUCACAGCGAGGAAGAGCGCCGGAGGGCAGCAGAUGGAGGAGUCGGCGCUGGCGGUGCUGCAGGCGUUUGACGAGCUGAGGAGAGACCUGCGCGCCUUGAGCCAGCUGCCGCUGGACAUCAGCGCUGUGUAUGGUAUAUCGCCAGUGUUCAGCUACUGCGAGCCGUUCCCAGCGCUGGGCAUCAACCUGGACCGCAACCCACGCCGCCGCGCGAACGCGUCGCUGAUCAAGGAGCUACACAACGCCAAACUGCCCGAAUACACCCCAGUUAACAAGGCUAUUGUUGAAUUGAGUCACAGCGGCAAGUGGCCAGGAGAGCUGGACGCGUUCCGCUGCCUCAAGGCGGCCUUCCACCUGCAGAUAGCGGAGCGGCUGAGCUCGCAACACGCGCUGCCGGCGCACGCCUACCCCGCGCACGUCGACGUGCUCAGGAACGGCUUGGUGUUCCGUCUGCAGGUAGCGCAUCCUAAGGAGAUAACGCUGGUGCGGAGAGAAGUGGAGAGAGGCGUGGUGAGACACAAGGAGAGUGAGGAGAGCGCGGCGCUGCAGUGCGACACCGUGCUCAUGCCGCGGCUCAGGGGCGCGCUGCACGGUUUACACCAGAAGCACCCCGCGUUCGGUCCCGCCGUGUGCCUGUUCGUGCGCUGGCUGUCGUGCCAGCUGCUGGGUGACCACUGGCCACGCAGUGUGUCGGAGCUGCUGGUGGGCGCCGUGUUCACUCUCCCCGCGCCGCUGCAGCCGCCCGCGCAGCCCGCCGCCGCCUUGUACCGAGCGCUCAAACUGUUGGCGACCACUGACUGGAGCACGCACAUGUUGGCGAUCGACUUCAAUGACGACAUGUCGCGUGAAGACAUCACCGAACUGGAGCGCAAAUUCGCCGGGCGCGAGAACCAAACCCCGUACCUGUUCAUCGCGACGGCGUACGACGGCCCGCAGCCGUCCGUGUGGAGCCGGCGAUCACCUACCAAGCAAGUGGUGUUGCGCACGCAGCUGGUGGCGAGGGGCACCUUGGACUACUUAGAGAAGGCCCUGCUAGUUGACAUGGUGGACAGUAUCUUGCCGGCCUUCGUCCCAUCUCUAUCAGGAUACGACGUGUUGAUCUAUCUCCAGAAGAGAUUGGUGCCUCACUGCACGGAGAGAUUGGACGCGGCGCAGAGCUCACUGGCCGAAGAGGCUGUGGUCGAUGACGUCAUACCGGUGGUGGAGUUUCAUCCAGUCGACAGAUAUUUGGAUGAAUUGAGGAGCGCGUACGGCGAGUUUGCGCUGUUCUUCCACGACCGGUACGGCGGUGACGUCAUCGCUGUGUUGUGGAAACCGGACGUGAAGGAGAUUAAAGAGUUUCAGACUCUAAACGCUAACGCGUUAGAGCAAGUGUCAGUGGGCGGAGAGACCAAGUACAGAGUUAACAAGGAAGCUAUCGUCGAGGACUUCCAAAUACUGGGCGACGGACUGGUGAAGGAAGUCAUCAUCAAUAAAUGAUAUCUAAAUUGUGUACAAAAUAAUUAUUGUAUGUAAUUAUUGUAAUA